AUGGCUGCGACGUACGACUUUAUCAUUGUGGGCGGUGGCGUCGCCGGUUUGGUAGUGGCGACACGCCUGUCUGAAAUCCCCGAGCUCCAUGUUCUGGUUCUCGAGGCGGGUGAAGACCAAACUGCGGACCCUCGGGUCAAUAUCCCCGCACUGGGUCCCAGUCUUGUCAAGACGCCUUCCGACUGGCAAUUCCGGACAGUGCCCCAGAAAGGUUUAGGUGGUCGAGAGGUUCUCGUUCCUCAGGGUCGCCUUCUUGGGGGCUCAGGUGCGCUCAAUGGCCUCUCCUUCACAGUCACCACGAAGGCCAACGUUGAAGCUUGGGCCAGUCUGGGCAACCCCGGUUGGGACUGGCCUACCUUCAAACAGGCCUCCGAGAAGACUUACUCCGUCGCAUCUGGCGAAGGAAAGGGUCCUCUCAAGUUGUCUCUUCCAGACAACGCAGAAUCUCUCUGGCCAACCGUCUGGCAAGAAACCAUCCGCGGGUUAGGGUUUGCGGACUCGUGUGAUCCCUUGAGUGGCCAAGGAGUCGGCAGCAGCAUCACGCCUGACACUGUAGACCCCGAGACAAAGCAGAGAAGCUAUGCCGGUAGCACGUACCUCCAGUCUGCCAAGUCUCGGUCCAACUUGACUGUCGUGACGGGAGCGCUCGUGGAGAAGAUCAUCUUCAAGACAGACGCUGGAGACAUUGUCGCCGAAGCUGUCCAGUACACCAAGGGUGGCGAAACGAAAACAGUGACGGCACGAAAGGAGGUCGUGUUGACUGCUGGCACGCUCAACUCGCCACGACUCCUCGAGCUUUCCGGUGUCGGCAAUGCAGAGCUUCUCCGCGGACUCGGCAUCGACGUUGUGCUUGACAAUCCCCACGUUGGCGAGAACCUACAGAACCACGUCAUGGUCGGCGCAAGCUUCGAGGCCCUCCCAGAACUCGACACCAUGGAUGGCCUCGUCCGCCAGGAUCCGGCAGCCGUUGGAGCUGCUAUGGAGACGUAUGGCAAGGGCGCCGGAGGACCGUUCGCCAGAAGCGGUACUUCGGCGACGGCGCAGCUCCCUCUGCCGGCGGGUGAGGAUUUGGGUCAGCUUCUCGACAAGCUGGAUGGACCCAAGACAUCGGCGACCCCGGCUUUCACGAAGGCUCUUGAGACGUAUGUGCGGUCCGUCCUGACGUCGUCCUCAGAGCCUUCGGGAUACUACCUCUCGUUCCCCGGGUUCGCCUUGUUCGGCGGAGAUGGCCAGAUGGCACCGCCGCCUCCCGGCGAAGAGAAGUACUUCACGAUUGCUGUACUCCUCGCUCACCCCCUCUCGCGAGGUUCAAGUCACAUCACGUCUGCAUCGUUGGAAUCGCCCGCCGUGGCCAUCGACCCCGCCUAUCUCUCACACCCUGUUGACGUCGAAGUUUUGGCCAGACAUAUCCAGCUCUUGGAAAAGAUUGCGGCUAGUGAGCCGCUUCGCAGUCAGCUGAAGGCGGGAGGAAAGCGUAGCCCGGCCAAUGCCUUGUCUGAUCUCGAGCAAGCCAAGGAGUUUGUGCGCCAGACCGCAGUUGGCGCGCACCACUUUACGGGUACUUGCUCCAUGAUGCCUCGUGAACUUGGAGGAGUGGUCGAUGAGAAGCUGCGCGUGCAUGGUAUCCGUGGCUUGCGGGUGGCUGACGCCUCCAUUGUUCCCAUCACGGUGCGUGCCAACCCGCAGGCGACGGUGUAUGCGAUUGGCGAACGUGCUGCCGAAUUGAUCAAGGAGAGUCUCUGA